CAGCCUUGGGAGCUCAGGAAGCGCCUCCCCGUCCUCAUCCACAACAACAGAGGAGGAGGCCUGUCAGGAGGCGCGCUGCUGCCCUUCCCUUCCCUUCAUAGGCCGCCGCCAUACCUGCCUUUGAAACCCCUGGCGCUCGCAGAUGCUUUCUUUACAUGUCGGAAGAACGUGCUUUUGGCAAAGAGUGCGACCACCCAUAUAGACAACUUUUCUGCUUCAGUCAGCGGAAAGCCAGUCUCAGAGGAGCAGCAAGCCCUGCUGCAGCAGUGGCUAGAGGAAGGAGCUGGUGAGGUACAUCCCAAUGAGAGUGCUUCAAAACCAGAGAAGAUAUCAGCCGUUUUGGCUACUGAGUGGCGAGAAGGCCCAGAGCUACUGAUGACGAGCUUAAGCGACCUGAACAUAUCACCAGAGUCUGGUGACCAGGAGCAGCCACAGCAGCAGUAUGUGGACCAGACUGAAGUAUCUCCUGAACUACAGGAGUUUGUAGAAACGACACUGUCAAAUUUACCAGCAGAGGAGAGAGAUGCCCUAGGGGACAAUGCAAUAUGGGCAGCAGUAAGGACACAUGCUGCUCCUCAGAUUAUUGAUGCUGCUCCUUUAUCCACAGAAGUGUGGAUUGAAGACCCUGCUAUCUUAGCUUGGAGUCCUGCCCAGGAGAGUGAUGUGGGGUCAGUGGAGGGAGGAGUGUGGCCUUUUCAGAACACAGGUCAAUUUCAGCCACUUCCAAUUGAGAUACCUUAUCAUGAGAUUCUUUGGAGAGAUUGGGAAGAUCUUUCUGCUCAGGCUUGCAUCCCAGAGCUGGGCUCAGAGGGGAGUUCUUUGUUUGAAUUCAGAGUCAUGUCCUACAAUAUUCUGGCCCAGGAUCUGAUAGAGCAGAGCCCUCAUCUUUACAUGCAUUGUCACCCAGACAUCCUGAACUGGAGCUAUCGUCUCACCAAUCUCUUACAGGAGAUCCAGCACUGGGAUCCUGAUAUUCUCUGUCUCCAAGAAAUUCAGGAGAAUCACUUUUGGGAGCAACUGGAACCAGCACUUAUGAUGAUGGGCUUUACCUGUAUCUUUAAGCGGCGGACAGGAAGAAAGACAGAUGGAUGUGCCAUCUGCUAUAAGCAGAACAUGUUCCAGCUGAUCAGUUCAAACCCUGUGGAGUUCUUUCGGCCUGGCUUAGACAUCCUCAACAGAGACAAUGUGGGUCUGGUGUUACUACUGCAGCCCUUACUACCAGAAGGUUUAGGAGACAAAUCAAUCAGUCCUUUAUGUGUGGCAAACACUCAUGUGUUGUACAAUCCUCGUCGAGGAGAUAUCAAACUAGCCCAGAUGGCUUUACUCCUGGCAGAAAUUGACAAGACUGCAAAAAUGGCUGAUGGCAGUUAUUGUCCUGUCAUCUUAUGCGGUGACCUGAACUCUGUACCUGACUCACCGCUGUACAAGUUCAUUCGAAAUGGCCAGUUGUAUUACCAUGGGAUGCCAGCCUGGAAGGUGUCUGGACAGGAAGAACUCUGUCAGAAUUUACACCAGCGGAAACUGCUGACACCCCUUUGGCCUAGCUCCCUGGGUAUAACUGAUAGCUGCCAGUAUGCCACUCUUUGCCAAAGCAAGAAGUCAGACAGGCGCAAAUACAGCCGUGCAUUCUUGCUUCAGUUCCGCUACUGUGAUGCUGCUUGUGAACGACCUUCAGACUUGGUCCUGUUGGAAGGUGUGACAGAUGCUGUACCAGAUUGUCCUGCAUACUGGCCUAAGGAACCUAUUGUGGUCAACAACUCUGAUUCAGAAAUGUUUUGUUCAAGCUACCCAGGCAGUAUUCAGCAUGGCCUCAACCUGACUUCUGUCUACAGCCACUUCCUUCCCACAAGAGGUCGCCCUGAGAUCACAACCAUGCCAAUGGGUGUGGGUGCCACUGUGGAUUACAUCUUCUACUCAGCAAAGCCAAUCAAGAACAACAAUCUAGAAGGUCCCAGGAUAUAUCAAGAUGGAGCCCUGAAGCUACUGGGACGUCUUUCCCUCCUCUCUGAAGACAUCCUUUGGUCAGCAAAUGGCUUACCGAACCCUUUCUAUUCAUCAGAUCAUCUGUGUCUGCUGGCCAGUUUCGGCCUAGAGAUCUCCAGCUUCUGAUCAUGUGCCAGAUCUCUAGGACUUACUCAUCAGUUAGUCUGACUGGGAAAAUCAUGCCAUUUGAAGUUUGCAUCAACUAACCAAAAAGAAAACCCCCACCCACUCCAGCAAUUUUUCCUUCCUCACCCUUUCCUUCCCCUAUUUUUGAGAUGUCCUUGUUCUUUUCUCCCAUGGUUCUUUUUUUCUCCAUAAUAGGAUAACCUAAGAUUUACCCUGUAAUGCUGCAGUUCUAGACCGAGCUUCACUUCUAGUUUUUGACCUCUUUUUUCUCUGGCUUGCUACUCCAUCUCUGAGAAGGACAUCCUGCCAGCAAACAGAUUUCUUGGUUUGGUGAGAAUACUUUUUGCUACCGUUAUAUAGAAGGUGGAAGGGCUUGUUGUGUGCUCAUCGCAAAGAUCUUGACUGAAGAGGCAAGACAAGGGCUGAAUCUUUUACGGAGGUUCUCCUUUUUUUGCUUUCUGCUGCUAAGAGCAGGGGAAGUAAGAUUUAUUAUUUUCCAUGGCACUCAGGUCAAAGUGGUGGUGCUGCCUGGUUUUGGCAAUUGUGCAAAUUAUAUUAAUUUUGGUGGUGGUGCUGCUACUACCUUUCAGAGGUAGGUGCUUGCUGGCUGCUGUUUCCCUUUAUCUGGUUAGAAAUGAAAUGAAAACAACUGGUGCCACCUGACACACCAGAGAGACUUUUUAAGACUUCCCAGUCCAGGCUUCAGAUCUUCUGCAAAAAUGCCAGAUACGUUUGAAAGCUUUCAGCCCACAUUGUGAAGAAGUGAUCUCUCAACUCUUAAGAGCCCCAUUGUGUUUUAUUCUCAGGUUCUGUUUGCUUUUGUUUUUUCUUUCUCAUUGUAAGCUUUGGGACAUUGUUAUUGCCUCUUAUGGCAUCCAGAGAAGAAAGGACUGCUAAAAUUGAUAGGAAAAAGAAAAGUGCUUUUUUGUGUUUUGUCUGUUUGGAGCUUGGAGGCCAUGCCACUGAGACCUCAGCUGGGCCUGGCAGUUGAUGCUCAUUUUUUUUUCUUUCAGUACUGAUGGACUGUGGCUACAGAAUAAGUGGUCAGCUCUAGAUUAACCCCACCCUUUCCUUGAAACAUGGAAACCACAAGAUCUAACAUCAGCUAUGUGGGGGCCAAAUUUAUUUUGGAAAAGAAAAUGUAUUGGGAGUUCUCUGUAUUUUUAAAGUUUUUCUUAAAUUAAAAAAAUAAAGUUCUAUGAUUUCAGAAAAA